AAAUUACCGGUUUGUCGCAACAGAACGUGAUGGUGGCCGUUUAGUAAUAUUGGUUAACAUUAGGGGUAGUUCCAGUAAAGUGGGAAAUUGGGAAUAUAAUCGUCAGUCGCCUUAUACUUUGUCCCGGUACCUAAAAAAGAGCAUCCCAUUUUCCCAUCCAUUUGAUUGCUGCUCUACAUUGUAUUCUGUACUUCUUCUUCAUCCAUAAUUCCAUUCAAUCUCCGAACACAACCCGCACCGGCAUAUUGGUUUCCGAUACCUUUGAGAAUGUGGCGCUGUGUGUCGCGUGGUCUUCGCGCUUCCUCCAACAGAUCUAUCUCCGGCGGCGGCCAUUUUCGCCGACUCUUCUCCUCACAAACUAAUGUGGGAGGCUCGUCCUACACGAUAGUGGAUCACACAUACGAUGCGGUGGUGGUCGGUGCAGGCGGUGCUGGGCUUCGUGCAGCAAUAGGGUUGUCUGAGCAUGGAUUCAAUACUGCUUGCAUAACCAAGCUCUUUCCUACUCGAUCUCACACUGUUGCAGCUCAGGGUGGUAUAAAUGCUGCAUUAGGCAACAUGACAGAAGACGAUUGGAGGUGGCACAUGUAUGAUACAGUCAAAGGAAGUGAUUGGUUAGGUGAUCAGGAUGCCAUCCAAUACAUGUGUAGAGAAGCACCAAAAGCAGUUAUAGAGCUUGAGAAUUAUGGUUUGCCUUUCUCUCGAACAGAAGAUGGUAAAAUAUAUCAACGUGCAUUUGGUGGUCAAAGCCUGGACUUUGGAAAAGGAGGACAGGCCUAUCGUUGUGCAUGCGCUGCGGAUCGGACUGGUCAUGCUCUAUUGCAUACUCUUUAUGGCCAGGCCAUGAAGCAUAAUACACAGUUUUUUGUGGAAUAUUUCGCUUUGGAUUUACUAAUGAACAGUGAUGGGAGCUGCCAAGGUGUAAUAGCACUAAAUAUGGAGGAUGGUACCUUGCAUCGAUUCCGUGCUGCCAAUACAAUUUUGGCCACCGGGGGUUAUGGCCGAGCUUACUUCUCGGCAACAUCUGCUCAUACUUGCACCGGAGAUGGUAAUGCUAUGGUUGCGCGCGCUGGGCUUCCUCUUCAGGAUCUUGAGUUUGUGCAAUUUCAUCCAACUGGUAUAUAUGGAGCUGGUUGCCUCAUUACUGAAGGAUCUCGCGGUGAAGGUGGUAUCCUGAGGAAUAGUGAGGGUGAGCGAUUUAUGGAAAGGUAUGCCCCAACUGCCAAGGAUCUUGCGUCAAGAGAUGUUGUUUCCAGAUCUAUGACUAUGGAAAUUCGAGAAGGGCGUGGUGUAGGACCUUUGAAAGACCAUAUCUAUCUUCACCUCAAUCACUUACCUCCAGAGGUUCUUAAGGAGAGACUUCCGGGUAUCUCAGAAACAGCUGCCAUUUUCGCUGGUGUUGAUGUGACUAAGGAGCCAAUUCCUGUUUUACCUACCGUGCAUUAUAAUAUGGGAGGAAUCCCAACUAAUUACCAUGGACAGGUGGUCACUAAAAAAGGGGAUGAUCCAGAUGCUGUGAUCCCUGGACUGAUGGCUGCUGGUGAAGCAGCAUGUGCAUCUGUUCAUGGUGCCAAUCGUCUUGGUGCAAAUUCUCUUCUAGAUAUCGUUGUUUUUGGACGGGCAUGUGCUAAUAGGGUUGCAGAGAUCCAAAAACCAGGUGAGGAACAGAAGCCACUUGAAAAGGAUGCUGGAGAGAGGACCAUCGCAUGGUUGGACAAGAUUAGGAACUCAAAUGGUUCAUUGCCCACCUCAAAUAUAAGGCUGAACAUGCAAAGAGUUAUGCAAAACAAUGCUGCUGUCUUCCGCACGCAAGAGACAUUAGAGGAAGGUUGCCAGCUCAUUGACAAAACAUGGGAGAGUUUCCAUGAUGUUCAGUUGAAGGACAGAGGUUUAAUAUGGAACACAGAUCUUAUAGAGACUAUUGAGUUGGAAAACCUUUUAAUUAAUGCAUGCAUCACCAUGCACUCAGCCGAGGCAAGAAAAGAAAGCAGAGGAGCUCAUGCUCGUGAAGAUUUUACGAAAAGAGAUGAUGAGAAGUGGAUGAAACAUACCAUAGGAUUUUGGGAAGACGAGAAAGUUCGGCUAGAAUACAGACCAGUGCAUAUGAACACUCUUGAUGACGAAGUCGAGUCGUUCCCACCAAAGGCUCGUGUCUACUGAUAUACUCAUUUAUAGGGGGAUUUGAAUGGCGUAGAAGUUGAUAAUAAGGAAGGCUGCAAUAAAUCGCCCAAAUUGUGAAAUUUUGGUAAUAAUUGUUGAUUUAUUUGUGUGAUGAUUUGUAAGCAGCCUGUGAAGUGUUCAUAAAUAUUAGAAGCAGAACACCGUUUUCGAUCUUGUAGAAGAUGAUGGAAUCACUUGUUUAUGCUCUUAGAUAUUCUACUUAUCGCGAUUUGACACGAUUGAAGACAUUCUCUCCUUAUCCUGAUUUUUUUCAUUUUCUAGAAAAACUAAGUAAGCCACAGAACGUGUGAUUUAUGUUAUCUCACGAGACACGAAUGUCUGUUGCUGGCCUUUCUAAUAAAUGUUUAUUCCGACUUGGUGAACCUUUUAUUGAUCUUCAUACUGUGAAAGGUGUAUAGAGGAUGACAGCAGCCUCUACUUUUGAUAUUUAAUUUGUGAAUUCUGAA